CUCUUUCCUCAAUUUCCGUUACGUACACUGACUACGAAAACCGAAGCACUCGCUCAUCCCCCCGAACCUCACCCUCUUGUCUCCUCCACGCCUAUAAGCUGCAUGCCCACAUUUCCUCUCUGUGAUUAGUGUGACCGGGACGGAGAUCAAUGGCCGAUCAUGCAGGCGAACCGGAAUCACUGUUGGAAAAGAUCACCCGUCACGACGAUGACUUGUCGUCUUCCUCUGACUCCGAUUCCGACGACAACUCCAAGCCCUUCGAAGCAUCCAAAUCCAAGAUUUUCAGGCUCUUCGGCCGUGAACAGCCCAUCCACAAAGUAUUCGGUGGUGGCAAAUCUGCUGAUGUUGUCCUGUGGAGGAACAAGAAAAUAUCCGCGGUUGUGCUUUGUGGUGCCACCGUAUUGUGGGUUCUAUUUGAGUUGCUUGAAUAUCACCUAGUCACUCUGGUCUGCCAUAUGAUAAUACUCUAUUUGACAAUCCUUUUCUUCUGGUCCAACGCACCCACCUUUAUUAAAAAGUCUCCACUGCGCAUCCCGGAAGUACGACUUCCCGAGAAUUGUGUCCUUGAGGUUGCCUCCGCGGUGAGAAUUGAAAUUAAUCGGGCAUUGGCUGUAUUGCGGGAUAUUGCAUCUGGAAGAAAUUUGAAGACGUUUCUAGGGGUUGUUGCUGGGUUGUGGAUCCUGUCACGUGUUGGGAAAUGGUGCAACUUCCUGACCUCGUUCUAUAUAGGCUUUAUAUUACUGCACACGCUACCUGUGCUGUAUGAGAAGUAUGAGGACCAGGUUGAUUCUUUUGCCGAGAUGACAAUGGCUGAGAUCAACAAGCAGUAUGCAGUGUUUGAUGCUAAGGUUUUGAGCAAAAUUCCGAUGCCAUUAAAAGAUAAGAAGAAGGAUUAGAAACAUAAUCCGAGUGUUAUUCUCAGAAUCGGUGUUUCUACUUUAUUAUUCUGCUGCACACAAUCACCAUUAACAUUUUAUCUCGAUGGUACGUAUUCAACGUGAUAGUCUGUGAGUUUUAGAUCUUACUUCUUGUACCUCUAGACAGAUUGAGCUGGCUAUAAAUAAUAUUCAUUGUUUAAUGUAA